AUGGAAGGCCGAAUCAGAACCGUCCAGACGCCGGCCAAAAGCCGGCGGUCACAAGCAUGCAAUCAAUGCCGGGUAAAAAAGAUUCGAUAUCGAGCUGUGGAAUGCGUUGUCACGGCUCGACGACGCCCGCGCCCGGUAGCUAGACAAAAUAACGAGCCAGCAGAUUUGUCUAGAAGCACUCACAAGAUUGAGGACUUGUUGCAAGCUCCAGCGGAGGGGAACACGACCCCUGCUGUUAAUCAAAUUACUCCUGGCCCCAACCCUAGCCCUAAUCCUUCAGCAAAUCAUCCCACCAUCACCAAAUCGCCAACUUUCAUCUAUCACCAUCCAGAUGGCCAGGUGGUUCAGCCACUUGCUGAUGUUCAUCCUUCUCCAGCCGUUCAUGAUGAGCAGAAUAUUGAAGACGAGGGUAGUAGUGUGUAUACGGCCGAAGCGCCAAAUUUAGAGUACUACGGUCCGCGAUCUAUUCUAUCCAUUUUCUCCAAACCAGCGGUAGCAUGGGUCAUGUCAAAAGUGAAAGCCCCUGGGUUUAGUAUUGUAGCCCUGCGGUUUGUUACCGAUGUGAGUCGCACGUUGAAAAUCAAUGACAACAACAAAUUGCCAUCUUCGCGGGCACCGGAGCCUCCUCCAGAAAUCGCAUGGCAGUAUGCAAAAGCAUUCUUUGAGGAGGCACCAGUUCAAUUGUUCGGCAUCGUGGAUCGCGUUUGGUUUGAGUCCCGACUUCGUGCCCAUCUCAAUAAUAGCAUGCCUGAUGACCCUUCCUACUAUGCAUUGCGAAAUAUCAUCUGGGCGACUGGGAGUCGGAUUGUGCACUCUAAAACAGCAAACAGCUUUAAUGAAACUUGGAGAACUGCCUGGGCUUGGUUCGAAAACGCCCUUGCCGUUCACACCGAAGUCAUUUUCCUGGGUUCUUUUAUGACCGUGGUUCAGGUUCUUAUCUUGAUGGCAUAUUAUAGUGACAGCAUAGGCAAGACAUCGUUGCAAUAUAUGCUCUGUUCUGAUGCCAUGCGGCUUGCCUGCGCCAAAGGACUACAUAGACAACCUGCUCGUUCCUGGAAUAUCUCACCGCAUGAAGUCUCACACAGGAAUUGGAUGUUUUGGUCCAUCUAUUGCCUAGAGAAACAGAUCUGCUCACGAUCAGGCCGUCCGUCGAGCAUAGAUGAUGAUGAGAUUAGUGCCAUAAUACCCGAGAGGGCAUUAAGCGGACAGCUAAAUGAUACGAUAUACUGCCAUGUAUCCAUUGAACUAAUGCGACUCUCUUCCACUACUAAAAAGCGCCUUUCUAGCGCAAAGGCUUUGCGACAAACUCCUGCUCAAUUGAUCGAAACAGUUCGCAGUUUGAGCCAGGAAUUGGAUGCUUUGAAAAAAUCUCUACAACAUAUUAUUGUACUGGACGCUCCAAUAGAGCUUUCCCAGUUGCCACAAGGGACGACGGUCCGUCAAGCCCAGUUGCUUCAAGCAUACUACUUCUCUCUCGUUCUAGAUAUUAAUACUCCUUUGGCCUAUCCGUGGUCAGGCGUGCGUGAAUCUGUUGAGCAGGAUAUGACAGCUCUUGCUCAGAUUGAAGCAUCAUGUAACGCCGUGGCAAACGUUUCGCGAGCAGGUAUUCUUGCAACCAGGCAGAUUCGCGUUGAUGUAAGCUGCACAGCACUAGUCGCCACGUAUACUCCAACAUACUGCUUCAGUAACCUUUUCCUUCAUAUUCUGCGUGAUCCCUCUACGGCACAGUCAGAUUUAGUCCUGUUAGAUAUGGCACUCGGAUACUUUUCCAACAUCGAGUUUGUCACCAACCUCGAGAUGCCCUUCCGAUUCGUAAGAGAAAUGUGCCAAUUCGCACGUCUGGCAGUGGAGGAAAUGCAAAAGGCGAAAGAAACCAUAUAUGAUAUGGAUCCUUCGCAAUCGACCCCUCUGUCUCGGGAUAAUAUGAUCGAUAUGCUGGCUUCGGAGACGCUGGAUAAUUUCUCUCUACAUGAAGACGAGCUCUUCAGAUGGCUUCCAGAUGACAAUGUUGAAUCCUGGGGCACUCUGCUCCCCUUUGUGGACUCAAUCGACUCUGUUCUAUGA